UUUAUCCUCCCUCUCAGUUCUGCUUUUCCUCUUCUCUGUCAGUCUGGGUGAGCUUUGGAGCACUCCUUAAAGAUUUUGAGUUUUUCACAAAAAAAAAUGGUGGAGCUGCUUCAGAUGUUAACCGCCUUCAGAUUUUGCUUUAAAUGUUGUGAAAGGCCCUGAAUGACAUGAUUGAUUCUGUUUAGAGCUGGUAACUCAGGUAAGCACUCUUGUAAAAUGUGUUGUGUUCACAUUUGGGGCUUUCUCCCUCCAACAAAAAUCAUAAUCCAUUACCCAAACCAUUAACCAACUUCCAGGGGAAUGUUUUACUGCAAUAUUAUUGAAAUAUAAGAUUUGUGUAGCAAAAAAGCAGAAUAGCUGCAGGCAGAGACAGCGUCUUUUCUUUUGAUUGUGUUCAUGUACCUAUGGUAGUGGAGCUAAGCUUAAGCUAAGAUGCUGUUAUCCUGGUUGGUAUGAUAAUAUAAAGACCUGCAAAUAAACGCAAAAUAAAUCCAAAUCAUGUUAUUAAGUUAUAUGAAUGUUGUCUUCCUGAGCAAUUAAACUUACAGUAGUAUAAUUAAGAAUGUUUUGAUAAUAUAACUAAUAAACAGAGGGUUGUCCUUAAACUGUAGUUCCACAGUAACAUUUUAUUUUACGGGUCUGUAAGUUCCUAACGAAUUUGUAAGAAAUUUCCUGUAAGGGAACAUGUAUAAUUUGCCACUAAUAAUAUGUGAAAUAGAGAAAAAUUUGAGUUCAGUUGGUACAAUUAAUUAAUAAUGAAUACAUAUUAAUUAAAUAACAGGUUAAAAAACUAUUUUAGUCAGCGCAAAACAUCUCAGUUCAACAUGCAAUAUGUCAAAUUUGCCUACAUGCAAGCAUACAAUUCAACGUCUAGAAUAAAGUCCAAUAAUAAAUUAAAGUGUACUUUGAAUGAAAACGAGCAGUCUGGCUGUCUGUUCUUUCCAGGAUAGGAAAGAAUUACAAAAUAAAGGAUCCAUAUGUUAAAGCUUUUCUGAAAUUUCUGUUAAUGUUAUAGUUGGAAAAAAUUAUCUUUUUCAUUAUACUAGUUAACAUAAUGAGAUCACUGACAUAAAUAAAAAAGAAAAACUGGAGACAUUAACAAUAAAAAUGUCUCUGAUGCUCACAUAUGUAGGAGCUAUGAGCACACAAAAGACGUCCUCAUCACUUUCAACUAUUAAAUUAACAAAAUAAAAGAUGCAGCAAACCUUAAUCCAAACAUGGCAUAAAUCUGUUCGUUUGGGAAGGACAAUCCUGGCUGUAAUAUGUCGUAAACAUACACUGAUAUGUUGAAGGAAGAUUAAGCGAUCUUUAAAAACCAAUCUCUAGUGGGUCUGUAAGCAUGCAGUGGAGACUUUCAUCUUCCUCCUUCCUGUCUGUUUCCACCACUAUCACUAAAAGUCCCUACAGAGCUUUUCAUGUGACUAUUGUACAGUGUCAAACACAGAGACAUUUUAAAUGAAAUGCAGCACACACACACACACACACACACACAGUCUCUCAGACAAAAUUUCCAUCAUACCUGGCAGCUGUUUUAUACUCUGCACUGAUUGCUGUUGCAUUCAAGGACCCUUCAGUCAGUGUUGCUUCAUAUGACCUUCUCAUACAGCCGUGUGCUGCUGUGAAGAGACUUGAAUUAUUUCAGGUCCUCACAUGAAAGGAUUUCUUUUAGAAUUGUCUCAGCAUCGUUUAAAUCGCCCCAAUUCACAUUUUAUAGGUCAUGUUUGUUGAGUUUAGAGGGUUGCAAGAAGUGUUUAUUUAUACAAGGGCAUGUCUGUGCCACAUUCCAUGUCUUUCCACACUAUUUCCAUCACAUCUUGUCCUCUAGGUGCCUGCAAUAGAUUAAUAAACCAAACACACUUAACUUAGCUGGACCUUGCAGAUUGCAGUGGCACAGAUCCCCAGUAGUAAUCGCAUUGUUAGUCAAGUACAGAGAGCCACUAGUCUUGUUAUGUGUUAUUGCACUGCACCUCACAGAGGAUACCGGUUAGUCAAACAGCAAGGGCUGCAUGUACUGCCUUUUACCUGGAUUUACUGUUGUUCUGCUGUUUAGUUCCUGAAGGCGUUGUUCACCUUUUUGUCUCUUCAGCCAACCUUAGUUAAUCCAACAAAGCACAUGAUCAUUUUUUAACAUCUUAAAUGCAAAUGAAAGAGAGACUCGCCUUGCAAACACUCACACACAAACUGUGGCCUCCCGCCUGGUGCGCCUUUUUGAUAUAUAUACCAAAUGUGUCUGUGUCAGAAUGCGCUUAGAAAGGAGCAAAACAUUAGUAAACUUUUCCCAGAGUGUUUAGCACAGUAAAGGAUUUCAGUAAAUUGCCUUAAACUGCAGUAAUGCAGCAUUGCAAAAGUGAAAUUAAUUUAUGUGAAAAUGUUUUGGAAGGCGUUGGUAUAAAGACGUCCUGAUCAGCAGUCUAACAAGCUUAAGUUUCAGUGUCACAGAUGUCUUCACGGUGACCUGUGGGUGACUCAUGAUGCCUGAGGAUCUUUGAAGACUAAUGAUAUUUUCUUUGAGAGGUCACUUUUUAUGUAACUCUUACCCUAGCUAUCAAGGAGAAGGAGUAAAAGUAUUUAAAUAAAUGAAGAGCAGUGUCUGAAAUAGAUUCAUUCAUUCUGAAUUGCUGGAUAAUCCUCUCAACCUUUAACCUUUAUGGAGGACGCCUUCUGUUGUUCCCCUGAGCUUACCUUGAACUUUAAGGGGAAAGGUUGACCAACUAAUGUGCCCUCCUCAGGUAACACCGAGUAGCCGGGGACAUCUGGCUUAGGGCAUCGUGUCAAUUAAGGGCCCGGGGUAUAAGAGAUAGCUCACAUCCAGAAAGUGUUCGUGACCGGCUUUGAACCCCCAAGACCUAAAGUAAUCAAUCAAGGAGGGAAUAUAUCUGUGCAAAACCCCACGGCAGGGCCACUGUGCUGAGGUGCCAUCGACAGAGAAACUGUUCCUUUUUGCAAGGCAGGGAGAGAUUAUUGUAAAGUAGUACCAUCUAAAAUAGAAAGGCCGUGUUGUUUACUUUAGACGUUUGUCAGGAAUUACCUGGAGUCAUCUGCUGGAGACAAGACAUUAGUUUUCCUUUGUGUUUUUAUACGUACUUGGCACGAAGAAGUGUGAAACUUUCUUCCGGACAUACUAUUCCAGCACGUUUUCAUUAGAGCAAGCUUAAAGAGAGAACUAUGCAACUGAUAAAAAUGACAAUUGGGGUAAGUAAAGAAAUAUUUAAAUUGUCUGAAAUGUGAAUUGCAUUAUUUUAAAACGACUAAAAUGUUAUGUACAUGUAAAGUGAUGCAUUGUGGUUACAAGGUACCUCUGGAAAAAUUGAACAUGAUAGUCUUAUAAUAAUGUAAACAUUUGUACCAUCAUAUUAAAAGACAAAUAUAGUAAUCUUGAAUCAAGCUCCACAGCUUAACAUGCAGAUGAAUGUAAUAUAAGCUGUAAACAAGCUUUACAUUAUGUCAAAGGAAAAUAUUAAAACACACAAAUGAAUCAUUAAAUGAACACUAAUAAUAAUAAAUACCUUGCUCAAUACCUGAAUCAAAAAUGUAUAUAUAAUUAGAAUUUUUAAUUCAUAAAUACUUUGUUUUACCUGAAUUUAUUUAAAACAGUAUCUUCUUUCUGUUAGCAUUAAUUCUCUCCGCUCAGACAACAGAUUGAGUCAGUAGGCAGGCGUUAAACUCUGUCUGAAGAAUGCUUAACAGUUCGUCGAGAGUCGUUUAAGAAACUCCAAACAAGAUUAGUCCAUGGCAAGGACAUCACCUCAUCAAAAAGUUAAACUGGUAUCAAGCCCUCUUUGCAAGCAGAUUUGCCUCAUAGAGCCUGUCUCUUACCAGCUGCUGCAUCUACUUGUCACAAACUCACACUUAUUACAUUAAUGGGGUCAGUAAUCCCAUGUUAAGCCUUUAUACCUCUUCAUUCAGCCAGAUUAUAUAAAUUAAACAUUGAUCAUUUAUUAUGGCCUAGUUGUCCACAGCGUAAUUCCAGAUCUCCAUGUGUGCAUACUCCAAAAUGUAGCAAAAAUGUUAAAUUGUAACAACUAUAAUACAGUCAUUAUUGCAGCACUUUUAUAAUAAAAAAAGUUUUAACAUGUGAAACAAUUUAGUGUAUCACUUGAUAAAAUAUCGCACAUACUUACUUAUAUUACAUGUUUUUUUUAAUGUUAGAAUUUGGUAUCUCUUUCUAAACCUGAUUUUUACUCUUAUUCUAAUUAGUCACACAGCACAGCCUCAAGAACAUGCCACCAUGCAUGACACUGCACAUAUUUUAUGGGCAUAUGACGGAUAAAAACUUUGUAUUUUGAGUCUUAAUGACUUUAAUGUUCCGCGUCUACCUGUGUUUAACGUAUAGAGGCUGGUUGACCUGUUUUUAACAAAGUACAAAUCACGAUUAAGGGGUCGCCAAAGAGUGGGUCCAAUAAACAACAAUAACAGACUUCAGGUCUCUAAUGGAACAUUGUAAGACUCUUGGCGAUCACAGGAAGGCAAAUGUGAGCUCAACAGAGAUGAAUGAAGGAUUGCCUUGAAGACAAACAAAACCACCACUAGUACGCAAUGCUAGUGCAAUGUAAAGGUCACUAAUUAGUUAUCAUAUAUCAUAUAACAAGUUACAAAUGUUGCUCAAUUUCUUUUUAUAUUUUUUUUUACUGUGUUGUCAAAGAGCAGACCGCUUAAAAUCUAACAAUGUAAUCCCACUGAUUUCUAUUGAACUUCCUAUUAUAUAUUAAUUAACAAACUUUUAACCCAUAUGAGUAUAGUAUUUAACAUGCACUUCCCUUCAUGAAAUCUGAAAUCUGCUGUAGUGAGAAUUGUAAUUCAACAUAUCUAGAUAUGUACAUAGAUUAAAUAUAAUUAUAUCCACUGUUUUCUUUACAAAUAAUUUAAUUAUUACAAGUGGAAAUAUCCGCUUUUUAUAUCUGCAGUAUAUAAUUAAUCUGUAAAUAUAGUGUUAAUUGUAAAUGUAACUUCAUUGUAACUACCCAUAAGUCCAUUCAAGGAUAGAUAACUUUUCAUAAAAUACAUUAAACAUUUUGACAAUCAAAAUACAUUUACAACCGUACCAAAUGAAUUAGUAUGACUUGAAAUUACAACUAUUAAGGACAGAAUUUGUGUUUGGUGUGAUUGACAGUUAAGAAGUUCUCAAGAUAAGAACCAAAAACCAAAAAGCUUUUAUAAUUAAAUGAAAUGUUAGAUAUCUUAAAUUAUAAUAUGACUAGUCAUUCUUGAUUUUUUUUUUUUAUUACAAUUCAGUUAUUCAUACUGUAGGCACAAUUCCAAAAUGAAUCAGUUGGUAAUAUGCACUCCAUAUUAAAAUUUUAAAGUACAAAUUGUAUUUGAAAUUGGAAUUUCUCUUGGCCCAUUUUGUGAAAAUUAAAAUAUAAAAAUGAAUAAAUCAUUUUCACCCGACACAACAGUACUAAUGUUAUUGAACUAAAGCUGUUUGUAAAUUGAACAUUAUUUUUUACACAUAAUGACUUCCUUAAAUUGUGAUUAAACACAUUCACUGUGUUGUUUUUGUCAAUUCUCAUUUGCUUUAGUAAUGAAACAGUUUGCUAAAGUAAUCCCGAGAUUCACUAUAGUGCGCUCCUGCACAUUAGAACCCAGAUUGUGUUCUCAACAGGGAUUGGGUAAUUUUGUUGUGUGGGAUCAUGUUAAAAAGAUAAUUCAAUUACAAUUCAAUUCAAACAAGUUCUGUAGCAGUAUUUUUGAGUGAAACUGACCGAGUAUGUAAAUGACUUACAUAUGAGCUGCUAAGUGUGCAAACUGUUAGCAUUAUCCUGUAAACUGAUAAUUACCGACAGCACGUGAACAACUCUCAAGUAAAAUGGCAGUCAAUCUGGCAAUAUUGCCUUUGUAAGGUCACAACAUACUGACGAAAGAGCCGGUGAAAUGUGGUGCAGUUUGUUUGUGGUUGGAUUUAAUCUCAUGAAAAACAAUUUCACUCAACAAACAAAGAUGUAGCACUAUCAAGUCAAUCAAAUUCCAUCACAUUGUUUAUAUGACCUGAAUGAGCAAGCUGUCAGCAACAUAGGAGCAAGUGAUUUCUCUUUUUGAGCAGUAGUUAAUAAAAAAAACCUGUGGGUUUAAAUAGUAGGCCCCUCAAUAGGUGAUUGUGUUUUUAAUUUUUCUUUUACAUUGUGACUUGUGAUUUGAUUACUCUAAGUUUUAACAGAGGUGUCAGUCCCGUCUCAGCCUAUUUGUGCAGGACAUGCAUGCAUCCACAGAGCGCAAAUGCACUGUUGUCAUGCAGAUCAUCUUGUGGUGCACAACUAAUGAGAUUUAAAAGCCAAUGCUUCACACUCAGACUUGGCACUUCAGCGUGAGUCGGAUGACAUGUUUAGUCGCUUUAAGUGUCAUAUUAUAUCUGGAAACAUAAUCGCUUUGUCAGGCUCAGGUUUUCCACCGGCAUUACAAGAGUAUCAGCACCAAUGCUCAUUAACUAAAUAGGCAGUUCAAGAUACAAAGUACACAAAAAUACAGAUUUUUAUUUUUUAUUUUAAAGUUUUAUUUAUUUAAUCUUUACUGAAAUGUUCAGGGUUUACCACUGUUUGUAUUUUUCAGAACUGUAGGGAGACCGUACAAGUCAUGUGUUUUUAAUCAUAUGCAGUCCAACUUAUUAGAUGCUGAUUGUACAUUAUUAAGGGCAUGUGAAAAUACAGUACAGUAAAAUUACAGGAUCAUUUUGUUCUUAAUUUAUAACAAGCGGAAAUACAUUUUUAUUACUCCUUGUAAUCCCAGUAACUAGAGUUUUUAAAAGAACUGAUGGCAAAUGAUUAAGAGACUGCUGUUAAGCGGAGACAUAAACUACACAGUACAGUGCAUUGGAAAGAACUUCAAAAUCAUAUUCAGUUGCCUGCUGAAGACUGUGGUACAAAACUCUGGGCUUGCUUUGGCAUGUUUUAAACUUUAACUUUAACUUUUUAGGAAAUACAGUGCAGUGGGGGAAAGAGAAAAAAAUGCAUUUUAUGAAUGAAAAGCUGUGGCCUUCCUCAGGCUAAACCCUAACUUACCCUUCAGUCUUAUGUGAGAUCUCGGACACCGUCAGUUUGAACACUGCAGACAGAGUGAUAGAGCAUAGCUGAGUUGGGUAAUACCACCACUGAAUUUAUAAAUCAUAUUAAACAGAAAACAAAUCUGUGACUAACAAUGAAGGUCUUUUAAAAAUAUUUCACCUUUUGUGGUCAAAUCCGUAGGAGCACUGAUUAUCCCUAUUUCUUCAUAAUCCUGUACUCCAACAGUAUUGAUCGUGUCUUUUUUGAAAGAUGUGAUGGCAGAGCGAGCAGGCUGGCUGUGAUUCAGAGAGUUCAGAUAAGUUCAAGCAGCAGGGAGUUUAGAGCCAAAACGGCAUCUUUACUCAGACUUCGCCAUGUGUUCACGCAUUCACAUGUCUCCAUGUUUCGGGCCCACUUCUGUGACCCAUUAACCAACAAGAUGUUCUGUUUUCUGGUAUUUGGUAAUCUUAAGACAAAUCUUAAUCUUAAGAAAAACGGCAUCUGUGUGAUCAGAUCUUACCCAAAAUGUCUCUAAAAGAAGCUUAAGAAUGAAAAAAUGAGCAACGGUUAUUUAGAUUCACAAUUGACCACAGACACUUGGUAUUAUUAGUAUUAACUCAUUAAACUCCAUUAAAACUUGAUAAUAUCAUUCUUAACUGGGCAUCACAUGAAACUUCUGCUGGAAAUACAUAGUUAUAGUUUGUAAUAGUUUUAGUUGUUGGUCAUCUGUAAUCAGUUUGGAGUUUUCUCAAUGCUACUGAACAUAUCCAACUAAAUUAUAAUAUACUCUAAUUUACAUGGCAUCUUAUAAAACUUGUAAUUACUGUGCUCAUUAGAUUUUGGAACUCAAGAGAAAGUAUUUAUACAAAUGAAAAGUGAAAGUAACCACACACAUUAAUAACAUCACAUUCAACAGACUGGAUGCAUUAUUCUAUAGAAUGUUUACAGUCAGCCCUCAUAACAUUUCUAAGCACCACAAUAUGUUGUUUUAUAAUGGGGUCAAGUAACAGAUACACAUCCUUGCUGCAAGGCUUAUCCCAUCUUCAUUGAACAUGAAACCUGAUCAAUAUGGCUGAGUACAGUCAGUCUCUUAGAUUAUAGGUGUAUUAACUGAAGUUCACGCAGUGCAUCGCUCAGUGUGUCGCUCGCGUGUCUGACAUUGUGGGGAAACAAUAUUGAUUUUGCGAUUUACAGCUGUUCUUUUUUUAGGCAGACAGGUUUCCAGCCCAUUACUUAAGUAUAUUUUAAUUUUAAAAAAGACGUAGACCUUUCUUAGUUAGUAUUGUUUUAUUUAUCUUAUUUUAUUGAAAAUACAAAUGAAUGUAAUUAUUUAUUUGGCACGUACAUUUAGAUGUAUACCUGCAACCUGUAUAUAUGAAUCUCACAAACAAUGCACAUAAUUCAAAAUAUACUUUAUUCUCUAAAUUAGAUUUGCCCAGUAGGUUAAUCUAAAUGAAGUUUAAGUCAAGUCUUAUUUUGGUUAUUGUUCUUUAAAAAAUGGUUAAUUAGUUUAUUCUCAGUAAGUCCCACAUUAAAAUACUGUUAUGUGUCAUACUAUAAAUACACAGAAUACAGGUUACAGUCUUAAUAGUGAAAGGUGAGGGUUAUGUGAAACACAGACCCUUCUCAAAGUCUAAACCUUAGUGUCAUAGCAAUCACCUAGUAGUUGGUGUGAACAAUUAAAUGGCUCUGACUUUAGCAAGCUUAUUUGCGGUUUCUAUUUAAAAUAGACCACAGGAUAAGUAAGGGGGUUAAUACACAAGUUAAAGGUUACUGGGGUUAGAAAGGGUGUCAAGCUUAAGACGACUAUUAAUUCUUAUAUGGCUUUUAAAAGGCUUUUAAAAGGCUUUUAAAACGUUAAAACGUUUUCUUUGAACCUUUUUAUCGCUUUCUUUAGAUUUUCCACUCGAUGGAAAUUAGAUGUAUUUACUGUAGGUGCAACACGUAAGGUCUUAAUCUGUGACAUCGCCACUGUCUGCGGCACGUCAAGGAUUUGUGGAGUGUAAGAUUAGAGCUCUACGUCGUCAUAAAUCUCUGCUUCUCAAUUCGACCGGGUGGUGGCAGGGGGGGCAGUUGCUAAGGUGUAGUCUGUGGUCUGUGGAUUGGGUGGAUAAAACGCUUGGGCGUCUGCGUAGGGUCAACCUCUAUGAAGUUUAUUUCAGGACAGGAAACUUCUAAUUGCCACAUUCACGUGGCUUUAUACUCUUUCUUAGACCUGAUUUUAUUUUAUUCUUUAGAACCUGCUUUACUUUAUUUGAGAACGAAUAGUUCUUGGAGUUGACCCAGAACUUUUUGUGGUGCUCUGCUGCGGCUCUCCAUGAUGAACUACUGCAUACCACACAUGUAUGAGAUGCCUCACGCUGGGGUGGGAGGCUACAUGGUGCAGGGCGAUGGGGAGGACUGCAAGUACCCAGGUGAGGGACUCGGGUAUGGACACUGUGAAACCCAGCCGCUGCACCAUCUGCCCUGCAUGGAGCAGGCUUGGCCUCCCAGCCAGCUCAACUCUUGCUUAUACGCUGGUGGCCCUCCGGUUUUUACGAGCGAGUUUUGCAGCAUGGAGAUCCCUCUUAGUCAUUUCCACCAUCAGCCUGAAUAUUUCCCUGAGAUCAAACCUGACUUCUCACACCUGCAGUGGAUGCAGGGGGCGCACAAGAAAGGGUACAUUCCAAGUUACCUGGACAAGGAUGAGCUAUGUGUAGUAUGCGGGGACAAAGCCACAGGCUAUCACUAUCGCUGCAUUACCUGUGAAGGUUGCAAGGGUUUCUUCAGGCGGACGAUCCAGAAGAAUCUCAACCCUACCUACGCCUGUAAGUAUGAGGCGAAAUGCGUCAUCGACAAAGUGACCAGAAACCAGUGCCAGGAAUGUCGCUUCAAGAAGUGCAUUGCAGUGGGAAUGGCGACCGACUUGGUAUUGGACAACAGCAAAAGGCUGGCCAAGCGGAAACUAAUCGAGGAGAACCGGGAGCGCCGUCGGAAGGAGGAACUGCAGAAAACUGUGUGGGACCGACUGGAGCCCACCCAGGAGGAGUGGGACCUCAUCCGUAUGGUGACUGAGGCCCACAUGGCCACGAACGCGCAGGGCAACCACUGGAAGCAGAAGCGGAAAUUCCUGGUCGAGGAAGCUAUGCUUCUUAAUGAAAUAACAUGUAAUUUAUUCUAUACUUCUGACCAGAGUGCAGCAGGGGUGAAGGAAACUAAGCCUGAGGAUAUUGGUCAAGCGUCCAUGGUCAAUACACCUGAAGGGAACAAAGUGGAUAUAGAAGCCUUCACACAGUUUACAAAAAUUAUCACCCCUGCCAUAACCCGAGUGGUGGACUUUGCCAAAAAAUUGCCUAUGUUUUGUGAGCUGCCUUGUGAAGACCAGAUCAUCCUGUUGAAAGGCUGUUGCAUGGAGAUCAUGUCACUGCGAGCUGCUGUGCGCUAUGAUCCAGAGAGUGAGACCCUCACGCUCAACGGCGAGAUGGCGGUCACGCGGGGUCAGCUUAAGAAUGGAGGCUUGGGCGUAGUCUCAGACGCCAUCUUUGACCUUGGUGUGUCGCUGUCCUCCUUUAACUUGGAUGACUCUGAGGUGGCUCUCCUACAGGCAGUCAUCCUGCUUUCAUCUGAUCGGCCGGGCCUGAGUAGUGUGGAGAAAAUUGAACGCUGCCAAGAGGAGUUCCUGCUGGCCUUUGAACAUUACAUCAACUACCGCAAACACAAAGUGGCACAUUUCUGGCCCAAGCUGCUAAUGAAGGUGACGGACCUGCGCAUGAUCGGCGCCUGCCACGCCAGCCGAUUCCUUCACAUGAAAGUGGAGUGUCCCACCGAGCUAUUCCCUCCUCUCUUCCUGGAGGUCUUCGAGGACUGACCAAUGGAUUUUAUUGUAUGUAUGUGUGUGUGUGUGUGUGUGUGUGUGUGUGUGUGUGUGUGUGUGUGUGUGUGUAUGAGCGCAUACGUCAGCGCCUGGGCACCCUGGAGGUCUCAGAGGUGGAACCAGCAGAAGGCCCGUCACAAUGAACUUUGUAUUAGCACUACUGAGUGUCACUUCAUUCCAUAGUUUAGGAGUAGCUCUCUGGUAUAGUUUUGGAUGGAACCAUUCCUUACAGUGCGGGUACAUGUGAAUAGCAUUUUGUUGUUUUGGUUUUUUUGGGGGGGGGUUGUUUUGUUGUUAUUGUUGUGGAUAUAACCUCUCACCUCGGAUUUUACUAUAGGUUAUUUUUGUGUUGAUGAUUGUACAGGUGGCAUAAUAGUGAUUUUAUCAACACUUGUGACCGUGCAAAUGUUGUAUUUUCCUUCCUUUAUGUUAAAAAAUUCAAAAUGGCUGCUCACCUGAUACAUAACACAAGACAUUGUUAGUCACCCGUUAGCCGUUCCCCCACCUGCUCGAUUUUAUCGGACCCAUUUGUCAGUUAAUACGUACAGGACAUUAACUGUCAUGUAGUCAGGUCAUCCAUGUGGUGAGUGUCUGAACUUCAUCAAACUGUGACCCAUUAACAGCAGCACUCAUUCUAAUGGACAGCAGCUCACAGGCCUUCAUAAGGCUUUGGGUAGCCACACGUCACAACGUUAAGUCGGAAUGCUGCGUUCCAGAGAUCAGAAAAAUCAGAAUUUUGCAGCUGAACAGCAACUCACGGCAAAAGUCCGAGCGAGAAACCUGGGCAAGAUUUUCCAGCAAUUAACUUUUCUGAGACACCGUUAUUUGAUGUCACAUCUACACGGCAGCACACACUGUUAACACUAAACAACAAUAUUGUUAAACUGUUUUUCUAUUCCUCAAAACACACGGACAAGUACAUUUUUCAGUGUUGUAUACAAGCAUAGUUCUGCCCAAUACUUACCUUUGUGGUAGCUACACAUAGAGUCAUUAAAUUAAGAGGUUCACUGACAGUUGCUAAAGUGCUCCACUAACUACCUAGCAAACAUUGCUAAAUAACAUGGACAACAUUGGCUGUUUACCUACAACAGCAUAUUAGGGCCAUUACUGAAGAAGGACACAUUUUAUUCAUAUAAUGAAAGGGGAUGUUUCUAAGAUUUAUCUUGGAAAUGUAUGAGUUGUGAGUCGCUUUGGACAAAAGCAUCUGUAGAGAAUGUUUAUAUGACACGCAAGUCAGAAAUAUGCAAGCAAAAUCUGCACAUUAAUUGAACUAAAUCACAUUGCUUUUCCCUUCCACAUAGUGUUUGUUCUUGUCUGAAGAGAACAUCAAACCAAACUCCAUUCAAAAAUCUGUUCAUUAUUUGCUGAUCAAAGAGAUAUUGACUGUCUAUGGCGAACGUAUGUGACAAAUUUGUAUUACCUUUCACCGAACGUUUUUUGGUUUACAGAGCUCCUACCCAACCUCUAAUGAAACAGAUUGUUUAGGGCUUAUUUCAUAACAAAUGCGGAGCUGCAACGAUAGAUCGAUAAGUUGAUCGACAGAAUAAUAAUCUGUCACUGUUUUGAGAAUGAAUUAAUUGUUCAUCUUAACACUUGGGAAAUUGUGUUGGCCAUUUUUCAGUAUAUUGUUACAAUUUUUAAAAUAAACGAUUCAAUGAUCAAGAGAAUAAUCAAUUAACGAAUUAAUUGUUAGUUGCCAUUCAUCUGCCUUUCCAAGUUCAGGCGUAUAAACAGUGCAUUAUUUAUCUUAAGCAAGCAUUUGGAAUAGCAGACGUAUUGCAGGGGACAAAUCUCUGUUCUUCCAUGGCCCUAAUACUCUGUGUUUAAAAAAAAAAAAAAAAAAACUGUAUCUGUGUCCAUGUCUUUGCCUGUGGAAACACAGUGGUUAUAAUUCUAACCUACCCGCUGGUUAUUCACACUUCUGACACUGAAGGGAACGCUGCAGUAGCAUUAAAACAAGAUUGCUCAUCAUUGCCAGAGACUGGUCAGGACUAACUAAAGCACAUAAUGACACUGAUGUCAGGAAAAGACAAUCAUACAGUACUCGUUUUUGUGUAACGAUGCCACAUGCUGUGCCAAAACCAAGUGAAUGAUGCCCUCCUCAUUAAGUCCCUGCUGGACUUUCAUAGCGCUACCAAGACUUGACUGGUUAAUGUUAGUUAGUGCAUGCAGCUGACUCGUGUUUUAGUCCACGUUAUAGCAGCUUCUACAUCUACAAUACAACCAUUAUGAGUUUUAAGUGUUUCAUCUCGGCCUAUGUUGCCUCACUAGUCCCACAUACAGUGAUUUCAACCAUUUGUUUAUUUGUUUUGUUUUUUUAUAACUCCCUAAAAAGGGAGACUGUAUGUUAAAACAGUGACGUCAUGGUGCUAAGGUGGGUUGGGGAAAUGGCUGAUUGAACUGUAUUGUUAUUGCAGACAUUAUCUGUUUGUGUAACAGCCCACCACCCUUAUGAUGGCAUGCAUAUACACUAACACACAAACAUGCACAUAUACAGUACAUACAGUAUACCUGUACACAUACUGUACACAUGCACAUAUAUGCAUAUAUAUAUGUGCCUCGAUAAGAUAUGGGUCAGACCCCACCACUGUGACCAACUGGUGGGAUUUGGAGGCCAAGUGAACACUGGCUGGCCUAAACACAGUAUGAUUCAUCAUCAGCAUGGUACACUGAGAAAGCUGGUGAUAUUGUGAAAACGUAGCGCUCUUUCCUUUCUUUUAUUUUAGCCGGUAUGUUCUUUUUUUGUUGUUGUUCUUAAAGCCUCUCUAUUGUAUUGUCGUUUGCAAUGUGACAAACAUUUUGCUUUGUAUAUCUCGCUUUUUCAAGCUUCACACUACUCCUCAAAGCAGCUUGUGUUUUGUUUUGUUUUUCUGUGAAGUGAUGCCUUUUAUCAAAGCAAUAGACUUGCUGCAGUGUUUGAAUGACCCGGACCUCACACACACACCUCGCAAACUGUACAGACUCAAAAUAAAUGCACAGACAAUCAGAGGGAGAGAGAAGGGGGGAUAGGCACCCCGGCUAAGGCGGCCCGGUUGACAUGUAGGGCUGGGCCGUGCUGAGCCAGAGCCAUUUGGAAAAGUAACAUUGGCCACGUUUACAUGCACCCCUGUUGUCCACGGUCCUGUUGAGGUUAUCUUAAUGUUAAGUCGUUUGCAGGAGCCUUUGAUACCCUGUCACUGGGCCUGCCUGGUGCCAUUAAUGAACCAGUUAACGGAGUAGUCAUGGUCGAAAAAAAUAAAAAGGAUGUCCCAUUAGUUAUGCUCACUUUUGUUUGUGCAUGAUAAAUAUAUUGACCUAAAAUAAUGUGUGACAAGAUGAACAAAAGUUGGAAAAAGAAAGUGAAAUGACCCAACCAGGGGCUGGUUGCACAAACAUGCAUAUGUUAGACAGAUCUACGAUCUAUUUAGAGUUAGGCCAGUCUUAAUUCUGCUCUGGCCCUUUUCAACCAAACAGUCCCAGCAACUAAACUCAGGAACUAUAUGUGGACCUAAAAGUCCCUUUGGUGCAUUUGUGUUUGCAUUUUCAUUGCAUCUGAAGAAUGGUAAAGAUCAGAACAGCAAAUGACUUUAGCAAAUUACACCUAAAAAACAUUAAAACAUGCAGUGAGAUUACAACACUUUCAUCUGGGUCGUCUUUUGUAAUUUACUGUUGCAUGACUGAUGUUCUACUUUAGUGCGGAACCGCAUUCAAACAUCAAAUUGCUCUCUCUUACCUCUUUUUUAAAACUUGCAGACUAGUCUCAGGAAUUCGGCUGCAUAACUUGGUUUAAAUAUCAACAGCAUCGAAAGAAAAUCUCAUUCUAAGCCCCAAUAUACUAGCAAUAACUGCUAAUGCUUGCUUGCUUGCAGUCUAAAUGAAAGCUUUACACACGCUGUAGCAGUUUUAAAGCCUGUGCUUGAGCAGUCAGUGACAUCGGUACUUUAGCUCCACCCUGAUAGCUGCUGGACCAUUCGUACAUACUACCUCAGGAGCAGGGACUUUUGGAGGGCGCAAUCUAUGGCCCAGGAACCAAAACUGGAACACAUUCCUUAAAUCGACAUGCAAGUAAAGUUUCUGAGUUUCUGUAAAUAUUUUCUUGGUCCCUUCACAGAGAAAUGGCCACAAUGAUAGUUAAGCCAUCUGUACAAAAUAAAAAUUAAGUAAUUUCAUAGCUGCAUUAUUUGAUUUUGUAUUUAUUUAUUUUUGCCACUAUGGGGCAAAACUCUACAACAAGCUGACGGACACACACCCUUGUCAUUUCACUAUAUAAUGUUCACUAUAUAAUGUUGUUAAGGCUAACGUGUUAGCAAACAGUUUGCUAUUUGUACAUCAAGCAGAAACAGAGCAGCAUUAGCAUUCAAUUGAAGUUGUGUUUGUGUCCAACUGAUAAAUAUAUAUAUAUAAUAAAAAAUAUAGAAGUCCAAUUUCCACUUUCCUUUUAGCUCUAGUUUGGUGUCCACCAACUCCUGAGGGAAAUAUUUGACACUUUAUCUGCUAGAAAUUAGGUUUUCGUCACCAGCUAGUUACUAACCAUUAACUCUGCAUUAUCCUCCAUCUUUUAACCCCCAACCCACCAUCAGGUAUAUUUAGAACAAUUUAUGACAUCUUUCCAGUGCGCCUUCUUUUCUUUAGCUUUGUUUUAGCUGUUGCAGAUCAAAGUUUGUGAAAUAUUUUCAACCGUUUCCUUCAACGAAGUUGCAGCCAGGAGCUAACCCUUCCCUGCUAAUGGGCAGUGAGUAUAAAAUUAAGAUAGACUUCAACAAAAUCUGAACCUAUGUUUAAAUAUCAUGAGAUGGUUUCAUGAAACUGAAGAAUUUUGACAGUCUAAAUGUGACUGUCAUAUCAUAUAAGUCUACCUGUGCAGCCAGCCCCGGGUUUCUCCUAGUCUAUGAGAAAGUAUGAACUGACAAGGCUAAUGGUCUUUCAGGUAGGUCACAGGUUCUACUUCAAAAUUUUUUAAAGAUAUGUUUUGGGAUUGCGUUCUAAAAGUUUUCUGUGCCCGAGUAACUGGACAGUUUGCAGCAUGGUUAUUUCCCUUAAUGCACACUAAGUCACUAACAACAUCGUGUGCAAAACAAAACCAAAAAAAGAUUAACUUAACUACAAAAAUCUUUAAAUCCAAACAGGGUGAUAAUCUAGACAUUACAGCAGUAUCCCUUAGUCAUGACAUUUCCGCUUAAUCUCAUUAGGAACUGGCACGUCAUUUGAUAUUUAAAAAGAAUGGAUUGUUAGCUCAAACAAGGUAGUUUUUUUUCUGUAAAAGUAAUUAACCAAAAUGAUUUACAGAAAUGUCAAAGCUGCAAUAAUCCGCUUUAGUUGGAUAUUUGAUUGCAGAACACACAAUUACACACAAAUUAUGGCCUUAUAAAGGUAAUAUGGCUAACAUGUUAGCAAAUUAUUGCCUAUGUACACACCUGCAGAUGUGGAGCUAGUAUUAAUCUGGAGUUGUUUCUGCUGACAUAAUGAAUGUAAAUCUAAUAUUCACUCAGUCUCAGUGUUGUUUUUUCAACAACUUCUGAGAAAAAUAUUUGGCUCUUUAGCUGCUACUGUAAAUGCUUCAUUGUGUUCACAAGCUAGCAGCUAACUUUUUCUGUGUGCUGUUUGCUGGAGGGCAGGUAGUGUACAGUUGGCCAGUAAAGGAGAUGAUAAGAAUAUUGAGACAUAACUGAAACAGUUCAGUUGUGGGCCAUAACACCAAAACAAUGAGCUGAAAGAUGAUUAAAUGCUCCAUAGAGCUGAAGAGCUUUGCUCUAGCAACUAGAAGUGACCUCUUCACAUUACAUCAUUGUUAAUUUAAAAUUAAUAAUCAGUGUAGCUUUGAGUAAAAAAAAAGAAAAUAAAAAAAGAAGAAGAAGCUCAAACUGAAAACAUUUUUUUUUUGAGCAAAUUACAUUAAAAUACUAAUUAUAGUAGGCAUUACAAAUCUUAACUUUUCUUAGUCUAUGAUAUGAAUGUGUUUUUUUGUAGGGUAUGUAUGAAGUGGAGUAAAUGGCUGUAAGAAUAGGUAGGAUUUUUACACGUCACCCACUUACUUGAAUUAUCAUAUGCACAGAGCUGUUGGUGCAUGUAAACAUAGUCAAUGCUGACUGCUGGUUCAGAAAAUGUUUACUGUUCCUGAAGAGGUGCCAGUACGCUGUUAUCUCUCCCGCGAGUUGUUACUCUUAAGGUUACUCAGUUACAAACCAAUAAAAAGAGUUGCACCAUAGAAAAGCUAUUUUACAGUACAAAGGAAAAAGGAUGUAUAUUUUCAGACUGCAGAUUUUUUUUUUACGGAUGUUAGCAUAAUAUGAACAUGAAAUUGUUUUUGCAUAGUGUUAAAAAAAAAUACAAUAUCUUGCUCUCAAAUCUAUGUCCACAUCUCUGUAAAAGAACUAUGAGCAAGACAUAAUCAUAAUCUUAAAUUAGUGCAUUAGUUCUACAAUUGACAUCAAUUAUUACUGUAGCUGGGCUUCACUGUCAAUACAAAGCAGCACAGCUACACAUUCAAGGAAAACGUCUUGGUCAGUAUAACCAGCAUCAGAGUCAUCCACAGUUAACACAGAUUUCUCUCCUUGUGUGUUUGAGUGUCUUCUUGUUCAACUCAUCAGUUCAAAACGUACUGGAAAACCGUCACAGAGAAAGGGAGAUAAAGUGUGUAAAGUGUAGGAGUAAAUCUGUGGCAGCAAAACAGAAGAUGAGAAAAAUGUUGUUCCAAAUUUGCUGUCUUGCAGUCCGCAUUUUACUGGAGACAUUAUCCGGUAAUCCAUUGUUCAGCUUUGACAUGAGCAUGGAAGACCUCAAGAGGAAAUGAUUGAUGAUGAUUGCAGCUAAUGUGAACUGGCUCUUCAGAAUAAAGAUGGUUUUGAGAGAA